GCUGACAGCAAUUACAAAGACAUUGUCAAAAGUGCCGGGUGGAUGCUUCACAGCUUAUUUAGCUGAAUAUUGGUUGGCGGAUAUAUUAUCCAUCAUAAUUAAAUGACGGAUGACCUUUAUUUUCGGUCGUUUACUAAGAUCCGGAGGAAUGGCAUGUUGGACGGCUACCCGGUAUAAGAGCCACGAACCCGGCAGCGGCGAUGAGCCACCUAGAAGUCGGUUCUGGAGUAAGAAUAUAUGUACAUAGUACACUAAAUACAUAACUUAGUCUUAAUUUUUAUUUUAUUUUCCUUCAACCCCUAUUACUUGCGCUGUCAUUUUGAAGAUGGUUCCGUUCUGUUCAAGGGCACAGUUUCCAGUGACGAAAGAAUUUAGCUGAGACUGAAUAAACGAACACCAAGACUCUUAUAAAAUGAUACAUACAACGGAGUUUGUUUCAAAGAAUAUAUGCUACACACUAUAAGAAAGAAUUCUUCCAUGGUUUUCUAUAGCGACGCGUGUCUACCUGUUACUAUGGCAGUCCUGCCAGCUGGCAACUGGCAGACUUGUAAACACUGGUGCUAAUCGAGUAUCUAUUCACCAUCAUACUGGCUAUACUUUCUUUGUACCCCUCUUAUUGUAACAAUCCCUUUCAGAAAACUCCGUCUGACCAAAUAUCCCCCCAAUUGAAAGAAGCCAUGAGUGGCUGGGACAACAAUGAUCAAGGAGCUGCAGGCGGCUGGCAAACAAACGCUGCCGAGCCUGUUUACGAUGGCUGGGAGACACCCAAGGGCAUUUCUAGUGAUAUUGUACCAGACCAAUCGAAGUCUGCUUUAGCUUCCCUUGACCAGGUCAAUGAUUUGCUUCAGAACGCCAGCCUUGACGAAGGCAACGAUAAGUGUUUUGGCUGUGGUCAGCCUGGACACAUCCGAGCCGAUUGCCCAAGUGCUGAAGACAAUGUAUGCCGCUACUGCAAGAAGCCUGGACAUAUGGUCAAGGAGUGUCCUGAUAAGCCACCAAUGAUCUGUGACAAUUGCGGACAGGAAGGUCACACUAAGAUCAAGUGUGAGAACCCUCGCCGCAUUGACCGCGAACACAUUGCCGAUAUGCCGGCAGACAAGGCUUGGGACAAGAUCAAGAGCGCAGCGAGGGAACGCGAUGCUGAUGAUGCAAAGGAAGCAAUCCAGGAAUACAUCAAAGCUGUCGACGGGGCUGUGACGUACCGAGACUUGCAAGAGUCCUUUAUUAGGGACGGUAUCAACCUUUGGUUGAUUGGAGUAAAGCGUCCUCUCAUCGACGUCUAUACUAACAUGGAUAUUCAGGGCAACACUGGCAAGAAGUACACGAUUUCUUACCGCUUCUCUGAACGUCCUUCUAGGCCUCGAGAGAGAUGUGGCUGGCCACAGGAUCGCCAGGAACUGCUCAACAGACUCGACAAUGCUGGUGAUGCUGUUGACGGUGGUAUCCCCAAAUGUGUCAGAUGCAAGCAGCUUGGCCAUGUUUUGAAACACUGUACGAUCGAGCGUCAGGAAAAUGAAGAUGCCCACAAAAUGAUGUGCUACAAUUGCCGCUCCGACCAACACCGGGUGCGUGACUGCCCUGAACCUCGAGUGGAUAGAUUUGCCUGCAAGAACUGCGGCAAAUCCGGACACAAGGUAGCAGAGUGUCCCGAGGAGCCCAACGCCGAGAACGUGGAGUGUCGUCGCUGCCAUGCGAAGGGACAUUUCGCAAAGGACUGCCCCAAUGGAGGAGGAGAAGGUGGCAGUGGAUGCCGCAACUGUGGCCAAGAAGGGCAUAUUUCUCGUGACUGUGACCAGCCUGAGAAUAUGGACAAUGUUAUUUGCCACAACUGCUACAAGACUGGCCAUCGGCGCCGGAACUGUCCAUUGCCUACGGAUUGGAGUAAAGUCCAAUGCACCGUAUGCCAAGAGUAUGGGCAUACGCGCGUUCGAUGCCAGAAGGCGCCACCAGAUGAUAUGAAGGGCGAUGCUAGCCACGGCUUCGACCACGUUGUAGUUGGCAAUGGUGCUGGCUGGGAGAGUUCAACUGGGCCUGCUGUUAUGACAACCACCUCUGUAGGUGGCUGGUAACAGCCGGUAACAAGCACCUCGAGAGUUUUGGAGAAAGCUUCUCGAUGUUGGUAUGAAAGCUUGCUUGAAAUGAUUGAAGUGGACAUUAGCUAGAACAAUGAAGGCAAACAAAUUGAAAUAACCACAGAGGUUUAGCGGCAUGCCUUUGAUGUUUACAGAUACCACCAGGUCGAUAGGAUGCUACUCUUCUAUGAGGUUGGCAUAUAUGGCAAUAACAACUGCACCAUUACAAAAGUUGAGCAAAGCUUCCAGACGGGACCAAAACUGUUUUAGUGUGGAUACCAAGGUUGGAGCUUGCCUUGUGUAUCGGUACAUAAUUAGAUCUAAUCGGUCUGCGUAGCAUAAACUCUGUGACUACAGCAAGCGAGGAUAUAAAUGGCCAAGCCCAGACAAGUGUCGUGGGUUGCAGAGUCGUGACGUCACAGAUGGUACUGAGAAGCGGCGCCGAUCGCGACGGUGUACCAUUUGGUGGAGUAGCGGGUUUUAGACCGCGCAGAAGAGGCGCUCCGUUUUAAGCCAGUGUUAUUUAGGCACACCACAGAAUACGAGACGGUAGCGAAAGGGGAUGCGGCGUUACGACGGGGGAACAUGCAGGUAUUAGUAAACGGAAUGGACAGCUAAGACGCGGGCGGUUAAACUCGUGACUUUGAUGGGCGAUUGCGCAAGGAGGGUAGAUAUUGGAAUGUGAGAGACAGCUUUGUCGCAGGCCGGGCCGUUUUGAAUCUGGGUAGAGUGGCCUGGGGGACGGAGUCAAGGUGAGGAAAUACGCAAGUAUACUUCUGACGAUGGAGAUGGAGAUAAUAAGUAAAUACUCGUCAAUUGAAUAAGCCUGGC